AUGCUGGUAGUAUGGUUUAAUUUUUAUUAUCCAUGGUGAUUAUCGUCGAGUGACCAUGAGUGAUAUAUAUACCAGCCAUAGGGCACUGCGCGGGGAAACAGUGCACCGACGUGGGUCUAUACCAUAUAACUGUUAAUCAGGCCCUGACUACUGUCAGGACUCAGGAUAGUAGUAUCCUCAAACUAUCGAGAUGAUAACGACGAGCUGGUUGAUUGAAGUUCAGUGAUUUUCGAUAGCAGGCGUUGACGGAAUUACCAGAUCUCCUAUAAUGAACACUCCAUUGUUCGAGUGGACGAAACAUAUCAGUAAGGAGCAGAGCGGCACCCACACUAUCGGCAUUCUGCCCUUUGUAGAACAAAAUGCAGAGACACUGCAUUCGAUCAUCCAGAUGCGAUGUGACAGCAGUCCUGGCAAAAGUGCGCUUACCAGUAGUCGACAAAUUAGUUUGACCAAUCUCACUGGUAAAGACACUUCUGAAAUCGCUCCCCGCUUGCGAAUAGUGAAAAAAACCCGAACAUUUCAGGGCAACAUCGGAGCACACAACUUUCUGAACGUGAUGGCGACCUUACUUGCAACACCACACCACAUUGCGCAUGGUAGAAUGAUGAUCGGACAGAUCUCCAAACGACGUAACAUCGAUAAAUCUUUUGCCAGAAAGGCGGAUUCCAUGAGCCAAGAGUGUUUCAAGCUUACUUUAGCAGAUGAUAUAGGACGCAAGCAGCGAGGAGCUAACCACAGUACUCAGCAAGAACAUCAGAGUUGCAACCGCAGCGAUUGGCCAAUUGAUAUCCUGGAUGCGUUGUUUAGUAGGCUAGCAUCCCCAAAUGGGUGGAUGGUGUCUACUGUCGAAGAUGUCACGGUGUACGGUCCAGUUCUGUAA